CCCUUAGAUGUGAAAAUAUUUUCGAAAUUUUCAUCGAGUUUUCAGCUAUACAAACCGACGCUUAUUUAGUUAAUCCGCGACUUUCCGUGCGUAUUGUUCGAAAAGAGCGCUAUCGAGCUUUCGUUAUUGCAUUUGGACGGUGACAAUACAUCAGAAAAAUGCUCUUCAACAACCGAAAUCGAAACCGACCGCAGCGUAGCGCGCCAGCAUCCACUGAACCCAAAGUUUGCGCCCAAUGCAAAGAAACCAUCACAGGGCAAUUUUUGACCGCCUUGGGAGAGUCGUGGCAUCCGGACCAUUUUGCCUGCGAAGAAUGCAAACAGCCCAUAAAAGAGACAAAAUUCCAUACCAAUGAGGGCAAGCCUUAUUGCUCUGAGUGUCACGUCAAGUUGUUUGCAAAAACUUGCUUUGCAUGCGACAAGCCCAUCUUGGAUAAAUGCGUUCAAGCCAUGGGAACCAACUGGCACGAGGACCAUUUUAUUUGCGGCGGGUGCAAGUGCAAGUUGGUUGGAACCCAAUUUAUGGACGUGAAAGGGGCCCCAUUUUGCCAAAAAUGCUACUUGUCCAAGCAUGCUGAUCGUUGCAAGGGAUGCUCCAAGCCAAUCGCUGACAAGGCUGUGGUGGCUCUAGACGCCAAAUGGCAUCAGAUGUGCUUCAGAUGUUCGAAAUGCGAAAAACCAAUCAUGAAGGAUCAAUCCUACAAGCUGGACGCAAAAACUGGAAAGCCCCACUGUGUCAAGUGUUAAGCUACCACCGUGCCCUUUCAAGACAACAAUACUAAUCUUCCAUUAAGUUUUAUUAUGAGAUUGUAUUGAUAUAUUCUCUAUAUUUAUUAUAUGUUGUGUUUUUGCUAUACUAUUUUAUUUAAGUCUGUCGUAAGUUAGAGCCAAGCAUGUAUUAUUAUUUAUUAAAAACUAAAUUUCGGUUUA